CGGUAAGGGUCUGGAUGGGGGCCCGAUCUGUUGCCACCGACUCCGCCGAUAUGCGAGGUGUUGUUGGGUCGACUGUCGCCACCCGUGCUUCCUAGCCUGUAGCACAAACAACGAGGAUAGAUAAACGGGCCUCUCGUCUCUUUUUUCAUUUCUUUUCCCCCCAUCUUCGUUUCGUGUUCCACGCGUUGACAAGCCCUCCCUCCAGGAAGGAGGAACUCGACCGACACGCCGGUGUCUUUGGUGCUGCAGAGCACCUGGCACUGUGUUGCGUGCGAGGCUGUUGGUGGCUCUGCUCGGCUGUCGCUAGGCCGUGAGGAGAAGACGCCGACGAUCAUGGCUCCCAGCAGCACCAGCACCAGCAGCACCAGCAGCACCAGCACCAGCACCAGCAGCCGCAGCGGCAGCAGCAGGAGGCGGUACUUGCCGUGGGGCCGAGGUUGCACGACAAGCAGACCACCAACGACAACGAGGCGCCGCCGACAUGGGACCAGCUGCCGCAGGCUCCACAGCCUCGCGGCAGCCGUCUGUGCCGCCGCUGUCGUCCACGCCCUUUGCCUGUGCCGCAGCACUGCUACUGCCGCGCUGGCGGCGGCGGCAGGAGCUCCGCUUGGAAGGCCGGCCGGUUUUCCUGCUGCGGCAUCGAUUUCUGCUGGAGCAAGAGGGACGAUGGAGGCGCGGCAGCACAGCAGGACAGAGGGCUACCUCGCAAGGGAGGAGGAGGCUGGCGCGCUGAAGGAAGAGGGAGCCACCGGUGGUGAUGCUGCCCGAGCUUCAGCGUGGGCCGAUCUCGACAAGUUUGAACACGGAGCUACCCCGGACGGGGCCAACGCCGCCGCCACCGCCGCUGAUACCGUUACCGAAGAGGGCUCAACCUCCCGCGUAGCAAGCGGCGAAGACUGGGUUCCCGUUCCUUCUCCUCGGCGGAUGGAGAUGGUGCCGGUGCCGACCUCUUCUACAGAAACGAACCCAGGCGGGGGCGGACAGGUUUUUCCGGAGGAUGAUGAUCCCGUGCGCGUGAGUGAUGAUGUGGGUGAGGAGGCGGACGAGGCGAUGGAGGAGGCGGAGGCGGAGCAGGCGAGGGACGUGAUGCUCAUCACCAUCUCGAUCGUCGUCGGGUGCGGUGUUCUCACGCUCAUCCUGCUGUGCGUGGUUCGUAAGGUGAUGGACCUCUGCCUCCUACGGAACGAUCCAACGGGCAGCCUGCGCUACUCGCAGGAGGAGGGGCUAACAAAGAGGAGCAUCGAGCGCCUCCCCGAGACGCGCUACAAGAGACCUGUCUCCGGCUCGGCUCAAAAAAAGGGAGGCAAGAAAACACCAGCUGCCGACGGCAAGAAGCCAGACGGCACGGAAGCCGCGGCGGCGGGAGAAGAGGGGGGGGUCACAGGAUCGGAUCUUCACGGGGCCCCCGCCGGUAGGACGGGAGCGCCUCAGACGGCGGUUGUGUUGGCGGCGGAGGGCGGGGAGAGGGAGGGGGCGCGGGAUAGCACCGAAGACAUGUGUGCUAUUUGUUUGGUGGAGUACGAGACCGGGGACGAGCUUCGAAUCAUCCCCGGGUGUGGGCACAGGUUCCAUAAGGAAUGCAUCGACCCUUGGCUGGAGACGAAGGCCGUGUGUGCGUACUGCAAGGCCAACGUGGAGGCACGAAGGACGUGCUGCGACCGCAUCUACCGAUCGGUGUCUAAUCGCUUGGGGAUCAACCUUGUGGCGCCAACGACGAUAAGGUUUUCCAGCAGCCGCCGCACAUACACCAACGAAGAUGUACAGCUCGCCAUGGGACCGACCCUCCCCGCUUCCUAUGGCCACUCCGAGAUGGACUACGUGGGGUCGGCCGUCGCCCCGCGGCAGGCUUCGGUGGAUGUGGAGGCGGGAGAAGGGGUGGAGGCGGAAGCGACAACGCCAAUAACGGCAGAUGCGGCACCGGGGCAGGCGUUCGGGGGUGGGGGUCCCGCACGAUCAGGUUCGACGAGAUCAACCCGCGGGGCCAUCGUUCUGCCGGACCAGGGCGGCCAGCCGCAAGAGGGCUCCAUCGUCGUGCAGCCCGCUUCUGCGCCCAGCUACGUGGUAGUCCCGCGGGAGUACUCCUUGGGCGGCGGAAUCGACAACGAGCACCCCGGUAACGGCGGGGAAGGGCCUGUGGGGAGUUCGAUGAGAGAGUUGACCUCCUCGUCCGCCAGAGCUUCCGCGACCGAGCGCCCUCCGGACGAAGUCGCGCGGGCCACGGACGCCACGGAGGAGAAGGAGGAGAUCGUGGCGGAGGCGCCGGAAGAGAGACGCGGCAGCCAGAAGGGGUUUAGCGACGGCCGCGGGGGAGUCGUGUUCGGCGGCAACACGGAGGAGUUCCGGGAGGCGGAGGCGGAGGCGGAGGCGGCGGCGAUGGCGGGGGCACGGAACGGGGCCGCUGCCAUUGGAGGCGCGGGGCCUCGCUUGUAGGGCGUGGCGUUGUGUAAAGGACGGGCGGAGCGCGCACAAACGUUUGAUUUGCUGCUGGUGUUUUGUUUGUUUCGCCACCGCUGCUGAACCUGAACAGGGGCUCCGAGAGCUUGUCCUUGUCCCAUGCUUAAAAUUGUUGCCAUUAUCUGGUACCUACCGCGCGAUAAACCACCGCUGACCAAUCAAAAGCAACGCAAGGCGAGGCGAAAAAUGACCUGCUGCUGCUUGACUUAGGCAUGCGCGGGGAUCGUGCAGACGAGUCGCUUUCGUUUUUUGUGUGUGUCUGUCUUACGUGGGUGUUUUUUUUUUUUUUUGCCGUCUGACUUUGACGGUGUUGGCAGUGGUUGUGAUGAUGAAGAGAUAGAUGGCCACGCUAUUUUUGGCUUGAUCUUCGCCAGAGAGGUGUUUUCGGCCAUCAUCCCGGCACGAGCAGGCAUGUCUUGUUUUUGCUCAAUGGGCCUGUUCGACCGAGGACAACUUUUUCUCUGCGUUGCGUUGUCUGUUUCGGUCGCGCGCGGGAGGGGGCUGUGGCUCUCGCAGUGGUAGUAAUACUACUAGCGUGCGGGGUGUAUCUGGGAGAGGAGGGGGAGGGGGUACGCGGCAUAGAGUGUUGCCUGCACACCCAUCCCCCGCCCUUUGACUUUUCACCUUGAUCGAUGCGAGUAGUGGAGAAUGACACGCGCUUGGUGUUGGAAGCACCGCUUGCUUCGCUUUGUACCGCUUCAUGCAAACGUGUCGUGUUGGUCGUCUGGAUGUUUUCCUAUCGAGUAGCGCACGCCCGAGCGAGGAAGCAGGGUGCCCGCUUGCCACACACAGCAGCGUCUGCCCCGCAGCGUGUAGGGAGUAAUUGUUCGUGCAUGGAGCGCUGCGUCUUGUGACCGCUGUCAAAGAGUGUCGUUUGAUGCUGGUGUACAAGUUAUUUUGGAUUAUAUACAUGUGAAUGUGUACCUCAAGCACACUUGAUGCGCGAAGAGCCGAAGAUGGCAUCACGCUCUCCCUCACGAUUCGUCUAGCCUCACGUGUUGUGUAACUGACGGUAGGAGUCCUCCUCCUGUUGUGUGUUUUUGUGUUGUUUUGUGGAAGUACAGCGGUCGCCGAGCUUUCCAGUGUUGCUGUGGAAGUCAAUCUGCUGCUGCAGGCGGUGUAUUGCUGUGUGUGUCAUUUGUUGAGUAGUGUAGUUGCAAAAAGUUUUUUUGUUGUGCUUUUCUCGUAGCCUUUGCGGCCCUCCACGUUUGACAAGUAGUUCCAGUCGCCUUGCGCCCCCCUGUCCCCUGUGUUUGCAGCUACCAACCGAUCAGGUCCUGGGGAUUUGGUUCUGGUGGUAUCGUCUCCCUUGCAUAAAACAAUAGUUUUGCUGCCUACAUAACAAGCACGGUAGGUGCGAAAGUAAAGUAUUAUUUUCUCGUGUGGAGCGGCGGGGCUAUUCAUCAAGUUUUUUGCAAGGACGAUGUGACGCUCGCUUUCGUGCAUUGUUUUUUCGUAUAUAUAGUGUUUUUGACCUUUCGUCGAGUAUUAGUACAGUUUGGGCAAUGUAAGAAUAUAAGCUCUCCGGGGAGGAGAUUGACACAAACACAAGCGCUUACGCGUACGAUGGAGAAUAACUUACUGUUUGUGAUGGCGUGUCUACGGUCAUGACGUAAAUUUUUUUGUUGACCAGAAGUUCAAUUCGAUUUGUUCAAUAAAGGGUUGCGCGCACAA